AUUACCUGUGGCAAACUCCAAAUAUCUUUCAUUCAUUCAUCGUCAUAUUUUUCUUGUAUAUUGGGUUGUUUUUGUGUCGCUAAUCUCAAUUAAACAUAAUUGGAGUAGCAAUUAUGUCCUAGUCUAACAGCAGUUACUGAAUUCGCUGGAAACAACUGUACAUAGUUAUGUGAAAACGUAAACUUUAAUCGGGCCGACCUUGCAUAUGAACAUACGUAUUUUGGUUGGCAUGUGAAACAAAAAGUGAAUUCUUGUGUUUAUCGAGAGCUCGGAGUGGUUAACUGUUAGUGUUAUAAGUUAUAGACCUUGAUGGAUAUCGCGAAGGACUAAUUCGUCAGUAUUAUGUAUACAUUUGCGUGUGGUAAAGACCACCUGGAGAUCAGGCUUGUGUCAGAAGUAUGUUCACAACGACAGGGAUGGUAGCAGCACCGCAGCAGGCGACGGGUCAGGUGGCGCAGAAUGGGAGCACGACGUUACCUCGCUCGCAUCAUCAGAGAACAGGGAGGCCGCCGGCAGCCCCCAAGUCUUAUGACUAUCUUCUAAAAGUGCUCCUGGUGGGGGACUCUGAUGUGGGCAAGCAAGAAAUACUACAAGACCUAGAGGAUGGCUCUGCAGAUUCUCCGUUUUGUAGUGGCAGUGCAUACAAAACAACAACGAUCCUCCUUGAUGGCAAGCGAGUGAAGCUACAGCUAUGGGACACGUCGGGACAGGGUCGGUUCUGCACGAUCAUCCGGCCCUACUCCCGCGGCGCGCAGGGCAUCCUGCUCGUGUACGACAUCACCAACAAGUGGUCCUUCGACAGUAUUGAUUGGUGGCUGGAGGAAGUGGAGAGGCACGCGCCCGGCGUGCCCAAAGUGCUAGUCGGCAACCGCCUGCAUCUGGCGUUCAAGCGGCAAGUGCAAGAGCGCGACGCCGAGAUGUACGCCGCCAAGAACCACAUGGCGUUCUUCGAAGUGAGCCCGCUGUGCGACUUCAACAUUCGAGAGAGCUUCUGCGAGCUGUCGCGCAUGGCGCUGCACAGGAACGGUAUGGAGCGGCUCUGGAGGAGCAAUAAAGUACUAAGCCUCCAGGAGCUAUGCUGCCGCGCCAUCGUGGCGCGCACGUCCGUGUACGGGCUGGAGCGGCUGCCGCUGCCCACGGCGCUCAAGUCCCACCUCAAGUCCUACGCCAUCUCGGCGGCGCCCAGCCGCCUGCGCGCCCGGGCCUCCAAACACAACCACCAGCGGCUCAACUGCACCGGCAGGAACUCGUGCUCCAUCGUCUGAGGGUGACUAUUAGGUCUAUCGGCAGCUCUGGUUUACCCCGACCUCUUAGCGAUCUGACCCCCGUUUCACAGCUGAAAAUUCCCUGUACAUUGCUGGUCUAACAAGUAAAUAUGUAUUGGCGUUGCGUACUAACCCAGAAAUGUACAGAAAAUUGUGUCAAUUGUCAGCGUGGUAGUCGUAUUUUUUGUCUCUGCAGCAAAGCCAGAUCAUAAAGAUAAGUCAUUAUUGAGUUUUAAAAGUAAAACUGUAUUCUACUUGGCAUACAUAAAAAUUAAAAAGCCACAUUGACUUGUUUGGAAAACCAAGCACUCUAUAAACAACAUCUAGUAAAACUGUUUUUUUUUAUUGUUUCGUAUUUACGAAUGCUGUGCAUAGUUUCUGUUAGCAUUACGUGCAUCUCGCGCGUAGUUAUAAACGUUUAUCUUGUUUGUCGUAGUUCAACAAACACCAAAUAACAUACCUUCUUUUGAAUGCAUUAAAUAAAGUACAAGAUUCUGUAAUUAUGAAUCCUUGCAUUGUUGACGAAAUAAAAAGAUCUUAACUUAAGGUUAUUUUAUAAUAUGCAUGCAAAAUCCAUAUUACAAAAUAACCUUGUAGUUGGUCUGUGUGUUGUUAUUUUUUAAUAAAGUUGUAUUUAAAGCCAUUUGUUAUGUUAUAUUUGACGGUUUUUUCCAUGUAAUGUCAUUCAUUGGUAAUGCCAAGAGGUCGGGGUUUUAGCUUUAGUUGAAGGAAAUAUAAAAGAAAAACACUAUAAUAAUUCUUGUUAAUCUCAGUGUGAAGCCACGAUUAGGACACAUUUUUCCUGUAUCACUCAUAGGAAAGAUCGAAAUGCUCGUCAAAAAUAAUCAUAUUUUUAAAUAAAAAUUUCCUAACUGCCAACAAUUUAAUAUUAAAUGUUUAUUAUUAAUAACGUAAAUGUAAACAUCACAGUAAUUAUCGCUCCGAAUGUAUUUGAUAGUAUUAACGCCCUUCAAUAGAAUAGUCGAUGAUCCUAACACAAAAUACAGGCUGUACUGACAACGGAUUUGUGACUAGUUUUAGACUAGAUUAAGGUAUUGUUACUUAAAAGGUCAUUAUGUGAAUAUAGGUAACGUUAUUAAUAGAUAUAUGUGAAUAUAUUGUACGGUAACUGUUCUGAUACCUCCCGCGGAAGCAUGGACUCGCCUCUCUUAGACUUACGAUAGUUCAGAUGAAGUUAUGUUGGAUCCAGUGCCAUCAAUUGUCCAUUUCAAUCACAUUUCCACAAUUAACUUAGGCUAUGACAAACAAUAUACCGACAUUACCGACCAACAUUACCAAUGUCAUGAUCACAAACUACUAAGAAGAUACUAUGAUUGGUAACAACAAGGCCAUACUGAGUGUGACUCUGGGCGGUACUGUUCUACCCUUUUUUAGCAUUAGAAAUAAGGUAAACAAUCUUGAUGUGUCUUUUAAUUGAAAAAUAUGUUUUAAAAAUAAGCCACGGCAAAUAUGUAACAAUAGGGAAUAUUAGGCAAAGCUCUGCGUAGGUGGCACGUUUGUGGUACAUACAGUAAACAAACCACAUUGACACAUGACCUACCGCGAAACA